AUGGAGAAUGGUGCACCAUCCGAAGGGAAGGAUCCCUCAGCCUUUCUGAGCGAGAUCAUCAGUGCACCGGUCACUGUCAAGUUGAACUCCGGUGUUGUAUACAAAGGGGAACUCCAAUCAGUAGAUGGCUAUAUGAACAUAGCCCUAGAAAAGUCCGAGGAAUUUGUUAACGGAAUCCUGACAAGAAGUUAUGGGGAUGCGUUCAUACGGGGAAAUAACGUGCUGUAUAUAUCAGCACAGUGA